UGAGACCAAACAGCUCCGAUUCACCGAACGCCCCGUGCGCGCUUCGCCGGGAGUUCAACCAGCGGGACCCAGGCUUCGGUUCCCAAGUCGCUGUAAGCUCCGGCCACGCCAGAGCCCAGAGCCCGGAAGCCGUGCGCCGCCGCACACCAUGAGUUGCCCUCUGCGGCCGGGCGCAAGCAACUGGCGGCGAGCAGCCACUGUGGUGCUGGCGGCCGGUUGGCCGCGCUGGGUCCCUGCUGCCCCAUCGCGGCCUCAGCUGCCCGCGGAGGGAUUCCGGCUGCUGCUGCUGGAGCGCUCUGAGAAGCAAAACUUCCUGCCCGGGGCGCACGUCUUCCCGGGUGGGGUGAUGGACGCAGCAGACCGCUCGUCCGACUGGCUGCGCCUUUUCGCGCCGCACCACUGGCCGCCCCGCUUCGGCCUGGGGCCCGCGCCGCCCCAGCGCGUCGUCUUCCCGGGGCUGUCCGACGCCGUGGCCAGAGCCGUCGAUGGGGAUGCGGGAGCGCUGCCGGAUGACGUCGCCUUCCGCAUCUGCGCCAUUCGCGAGGCCUUCGAAGAGGCGGGGGUGCUGCUGCUGCGGCCCCGGGGCCCCUUGGCUGCAGAGCGGGAGCCGGGCCUCGCCCUCGCGCCGUCGCUGGACCUGGCUGACUGGCGCUCCCGCGUCCGCCGCGAUGCGCAGCACUUCCUGUGCUUGUGCGCGCACCUCGACUGCACCCCGGACAUCUGGGCGCUGCACGACUGGAGCUGUUGGUUCACGCCCUUCAGGAACUCCGACGUCCUCCGCUUCGAGACCUUGUUCUUCCUGUGCUGCCUGCGAGAGCCGCCCCAGGUCCUCUCGGACUCGGGAGAGAUAGUGAACUGCCAGUGGUUAUCUCCGUUAGAGGCAACUGAAAGUUUCCUGUCAGAGAAGAUUUGGUUUGCACCCCCACAGUUCUACGAAAUAAGAAGACUAGAAAACUUCAGCUCUCUCUCUGACUUGCACAGAUUUUGUGUGGAUCGUGAAUUAGAAGGGGCGGAAAGUUGGCUGCCCAUCUUGUUAAUAACUGCUGAUAGGUUGAUCCAGCUUUUACCAGGAGAUGAGAUGUGUGAAGAUGUACACUAUUUAGAAAAUACUCUGGUCACUGAAAAAAAGAGUGAAGACAUCACUAAGGAGGGCAAGAGAUGGCACCGGAUAGUGAUCAAUGGCUGGCAUGAUUACGACAUCCAUGUGACCGUUCAGUCAAAAUAUAAACACAUUUAUCCCAAGAACUUCGUAGUGAGUAAAAGCCGUUUGUAGAGCACUCCUUCUUUGGAGUGCUGAUGAAAACAGGUUUGACUAGCUUGGCUUGGAACUCCAGGAGCUUCGUGCCUGUAGAAUUCUAGAACAGUCCUGCAGAUUUCAAGUGUGUUGUGGAGCGCUUUAUCUCACUCAUUAAUCCUUACAGCAUCGCAUGAGUCAAAGUAUUAAUGACCUUGUUACCAAAAUGAGAAAAGACAUUUACAAGGGCUUCUACUUGUGGACUCUUUUAUAAUCGAGAGUGUAAAUAAGAUGGAUGAACACUUUGCUUGCUGUGCCAGGAGAUUGAUCCACAAAUUCCUUGGACUUUCUAUUGGAAUUAAUUUCAGGGUGUCUGAUUAGAACGAUGGCGAACAGUACACGAAGAUGACCUUCAUGUGACAGUGUCUUUUUUUUUAAAUGAUUUCAGCUUGAUGAUUAAAAUACAGCAUGAGUUAUUAGGUUUACCAAAUUGGAAAUUAUUUUAGUGACCAUUUUAAAGAAAUACACCAUAAUAAAAGCAUAAUUAUUUUUA